GGUUCGUGCGUGCGUGCGGGCGGCUGCGUCGGGCUGCAGGAGAAGAUGGCGGUCUCCACAGAGUCACUCAUCUGGUUGCAUCAGCUGGUGAAGGGAUAGGCUUGUUGCCCGGGACGCCUUGCUCCCCCUCCCUGCAGCCUCUCCAGGUGGCCAGUUAGGACUUCCUCACAUCCCGGUGGUGUCAGGGUUUUCAGAAUUCUUACAUGAUGGUUGGCUUCCAAAAGAAUGAAAGCAGAAGUUAGCAUUCCUCUUACAAGGAGUUAAAGUUCCUCGUAAUUUUCGCUUGUUGGAAGAACUUGAAGAAGGACAAAAAGGAGUAGGCGACGGUACAGUUAGCUGGGGCCUUGAAGAUGAUGAAGAUAUGACACUUACAAGGUGGACAGGCAUGAUUAUUGGGCCACCAAGGACAAAUUAUGAAAACAGAAUAUAUAGCCUGAAAGUAGAAUGUGGACCUAAAUACCCAGAAGCUCCUCCGUCAGUUAGAUUUGUAACAAAAAUUAAUAUGAACGGAAUAAAUAACUCGAGUGGGAUGGUGGAUGCCCGGAGCAUACCAGUGUUAGCAAAAUGGCAAAAUUCAUAUAGCAUUAAAGUUGUACUUCAAGAGCUAAGACGUCUAAUGAUGUCCAAAGAAAAUAUGAAGCUUCCACAGCCACCAGAAGGACAAACAUACAACAAUUAAUUUUAGUGGAUCUCAAACUUGUCUUAAAUCAACAACCUUCUACUCAUGUUAAUGUCUUGAUUAAAUAUCACAAUGCAAAAUACACAUUAAGUAAAAGAAUUCCAGCUGGUAAACAUGACCUGGACAUUUGUAAGAAUAUAUUUAAUAUAUGUACACCCAUUAUGUUUUCAGGUAACAGGAGGAAAAAAUGCAGCACAAUUUUUUUUCUCUUGAAAGGCACUGUCAUUUAAACAUAAACCUGGAGUACUCGAAAUAGAAUUCAGGUUUACAAGAUGAAAGCGUGUGGAGAAGUGUCAGAUGGCAGUGGAAGCAUGUGUGUUUCUAAAAAGUAAAAAUCUCAAGAAAACAGAAAUGGCAUGCUUUACCCAUCUUGCUUAGUGAAAGAGAGCUGCAGUUGAAAUUGUUUAAAAAGUAGCAGGUACAACGAAUAUUGUCACAGAUGUGUUAAUUUUUGAAGCAAUGUGGGUGCUGACUACUAGUAGUAUCAAAAAUAUGUUCAGGAUUGUUUUGAUACCUGUAUUUAUAAUAAAAAAUGUUGGGGGGAGUUGAUGAAUUCCUGUUAAAAGCUGUUCUUGUGUGUUACAUGUAACAGACAUGGUAAAUAUUUGUUUACAGUCUUUGUUUAACAAACCAUGCAUUUAAGUUUAAGUGAAGUCAACAAAAAGGAAAUAGGUGUAUGGAUAUGUGAUUUUGAGAUUAAAGUUAGUCUUAAAAUGUAAAUAAAAUGUGGAACGUGUCCUCA